CGUAUGUUUACAAUGUUAGUUCAAUAAUCUCCAUCAUCAUCACCUCCACCAGCAGUAAAGAGGGAAUGACCCAUGUCAGCGGGAUCUUGUUCGUCGUCUCCACAAUGGUCCUCCAGGUACUUGGGUGCGAGUUUGGCUCCUGUAUCAGACAGAGCUUUCAAUUCGAGUGCCGUCAUGAGAUUGCCGUGUGCGUCCGUGACCGUGAUUCUAUGUCUCAUGUACCAACUCAAUUCUUCUUCUUCCACCUUGUGUUCUUCCUGCUUUUGCUUUUGUUCAAUGAAUUCUACCGUAUCCCACAAGACUUGCCAAUCGGCCGCUUGUGCGACUCGUUGUCGUAGAAUAUGGUCGGUACUAUUGAAUGCGGAUUCUAGAUCGGGAUGUAGGAAUCGAUGUAUGUGUGCCUUGAGACAUUUGAUGCCACUUCCUUGAUGUCCGAUUUGAGGUGGAUAUUGUUUGGCGAGCAGCAAGUAUUCCUUGGCCAUUUGUAUUCGUCCCAUUCUCAUGGCAGUAGCGUCAAAGAGAGCAGGAUAUUCCAGUAGUGCUUCACUGGACAUGACUCCAUCGACGCCCGUUUCGUCCAAACAACGUUGGACAUCGUCGUAACUUCCAAUAUUGCCAUUGGCAAAGAUGGGAAUGCGAUGUCCCAAUUCUUGAACAGUUCGUUGGAUAAUGUUCCAAUCGGCCUUUCCCGUUUGCACGUGCAAUUGAUGUCGUGUUCGUCCGUGAAUGGUGAGUAGAUGAAUGCCACAAUUGGCCAAUUUGUGGUACAAUCGCAAGGAUGCAUCGUCUCCUUCCGGUAAGACUCGUACUUUGACCGUGACCGGUUUGGAAAUGGUCUUGACCAAGUGCUUGACACAUUUUAGGAGCACUUGUUCAUCUUCCAGUAAAAAGGCUCCGUAGAAUCCUCGUUUGGCAAUGCCCUGGGGACAUCCGCAAUUCAAAUCAAUGCCGUCCACAUAGGGCAGCAACAACUUGGCGGCUUGUUCCAAAAUGAGAGGAUCGUGUCCAGCCAAUUGCGCAAUCAAAGGUCGAUCGUUGGCGUGUUGUUGACGGGGAAGAAACUUUUCUUUAUAGGACUGUUGCCGCACCAACAAACCGGCAUUCAUCAUGGGUGUAAACGACACAUUGGCGCCGUACCGACGACACAAGAGUCGAAAGGGAUAGUCCGAUUGAUCCACCAUGGGCGCCACCACCAAGCCUUUGCCAUUGCAUGGAUUCGACGAAUGUUCCAAAAUCAAUUUCUUGAUCCAAUCGCGAUCCACGGGCAGGGCCGGUUGGAAAUCGAGUGUAUCAUCACAUGUAGUAGUAGGGGCUUGGUCGCCAUCAGUAGCAGUAGCCGCUGUGGCAGAGGUAGUCGCCGUCAUGGUUGUUCUGUUUUUCUAUUGACUUACUUGGUUCGGGCUUUUGUCUUGUGAGUGGUGCAUGAAAAGAAGCUCGAUCGUUGGUUGUCAAGAAAAGGACAAACUACAGUGGGGUUGAGGUUAAUAAACGUGACUCAAAUGUUUCGGACUCACGUUUACCACUUACUAAAUCUGAAUGUUACAAAUCCACGAAGCCACACACCGCCCCUUCAUCAACGCAACAUCGUCAAGGCAUCGAUCUGUUCGACCCAAGCCUCUUGCUCUGCUACAUCUGCGCUAGCACGUUGAUAGUCCCAACUUUCAUUCCAGAAUAGAUAGAUAAACAGUCACCAUGGCCGAAGCAGGAGCCACAGGAGCCACAGAAGGAGCCACACAAAUGAUGGGAGGCGUCCGCCUCUUGGAAGGCGAAGAAGUAUUCGGUGUAGCCCACUUGUUUGCUUCCUUCAAUGAUACUUUCGUUCAUGUGACGGAUCUCUCGGGAAGAGAAACUCUGGUCCGUGUCACAGGAGGAAUGAAGGUCAAGGCCGAUCGUGACGAAUCCUCGCCGUACGCCGCCAUGCUUGCCGCCCAAGAUGUCGCCGCCAGGUGCAAAGAACUGGGAAUCACCGCACUUCACAUCAAAGUCAGAGGUACCGGAGGAAACAAAUCCAAAUCUCCUGGACCAGGUGGUUGCUUGAAGCAGGUUGGAAGCUGA